CCAAGAUCCAUCCACUUAUCGAACAACUCUGUUCAAAAGCAGUACCAACCGUCUGUUUGCCGGUCCAAAAUGCUGCCUGUCGAUAAUAUGUGGACGUGUGAAGAGUUUAAAUCGUAUCUCAGCAACCUGCCAGAUCCAUGGGCCAACAUCAUCGUACCGGGAAUGAAGAAGGGGAUACUGAACGCCCUGCUUUGCACGCAAGACCUCAUCGACCAUCGCAAGAAUUCAUUUGAACUAUUCGGUGCCGACUUCAUGCUACUGGAAGAUUUCACACCAUGGCUCAUUGAAAUCAACAGCAGCCCAAGUAUGGCAAGGACGACCACCGCCACUGCAUAUUUAGUUGAAAAAGUUCUCGAAGAUACCAUUAAAGUUGUAAUCGAUAGACAUCAAAACAAGUCAUGUGACACUGGGAAGUUUGAACUGGCCUAUAGGCAGCCGCAGGUC